UUAACCAAGCAAAGACAACUAGUCUUACUUGCUUUCUGUACAAUUUCCAGUACAAUGAGGCUUCUGUUACUGAACUCAAUUAUUGUUUUGUCCAUAGCAAUCUCAGGUUUGGAAUCAUCUAUAGGAGAAACUGAUCAACUAGCAUUACAUGACUUCAAAGGCAGAAUAACUAAAGAUCCAAACCAAAUCAUGACUUCUUGGAAUCAUUCUUUUCAUUACUGCAACUGGACAGGUAUAACAUGUAAUCCUUCCAAUGGUAGAGUUACAUUUCUUCAUUUGAGUUCACAACAACUCGUUGGCACCAUACCGCCUUCCAUUGGCAAUCUCAGUUCCCUUACAGGUAUUCAUCUUGGAAACAAUAACUUUCAUGGUGAAAUUCCUCAAGAAAUCGGUCGCUUACUGCAGCUGCAACAUCUCAAUCUCAGUCACAAUUAUUUUAGUGGAACAAUUCCUACUAAUUUAACUUACUGCAAGGAACUUUUAGAACUUCAUCUACAAUUUAAUGAUAUGGUUGGGAAAAUUGUGGAUGAACUCAGUUCACUGUCAAAGCUGUAUUUGUUAAAACUGAAAAUGAACUCUUUCACAGGAGGCAUCCCACAUUGGAUAGGAAACUUUUCGUCUUUAGAAUUUCUUGACAUUUCAGAUAAUAGACUACAAGGACCAAUACCUCAGGAUCUUGGCCGUCUAACGAAUUUGUUAGUAUUUCAUGUGAACUCAAAUGAAUUAUCUGGUACAAUCCCUUCGUCGAUUUUCAAUAUUUCUUCCAUCUACUAUUUCUCUGUUACUCAAAAUAAACUGCAUGGACAAAUUCCAGCAGAUGUAGGCCUCACUCUUCCAAACCUUGCAGUAUUUGCUGGCGCUGUAAACAGCUUCACCGGACCUAUUCCUGUUUCAUUAGCAAAUGCUUCUGACCUUAACGUGAUUGAUUUUUCCCAAAAUAAACUAAUUGGCGAUGUGCCAACUAGUUUUGGAAAGUUGAAAACUUUGGUUAGGCUCAACUUUGAGCAGAACAGACUAGGUAGGAGGGGAAGCUAUGAGGGUUUGAAAUUUCUUGAUUCCCUAAGCAAUUGUACAUAUCUGAAUGUACUGAGUUUUGCAACCAAUUACUUUAGUGGAGAAUUGCCUCACUCAAUCACUAAUCUUUCAACGUUACUUGAGAUAUUCUCUCUAGGUAACAAUAGGAUUCAUGGUACUCUUCCUGCUGGUGUGAGCAAUCUUAUUAGUUUGACCUAUCUUGGAAUGGACGGAAACCUUCUAAAUGGCAGUGUUCCUGAAGCUAUAGGUAAACUUAAAUAUCUGCAAGGUCUCGAUUUGAAUGGAAAUGCGUUUUCAGGGAAGAUACCACUCACUAUUGGUAACUUGACACGGUUAACAAGUCUAAACUUGCAAGAAAAUAGACUAGAAAGAAGCAUACCUCCAGAGCUGGGGAAGUGUAAGUCUUUGACGGCGCUAAACCUUAGCAGGAAUAAUCUUGUUGGAUCCAUACCGAAAGAGGUUGCAGGACUAUCUUCCCUUUCAAUUGCUUUAUCAUUGGAAAGUAAUUCUUUAACUGGAUCAUUGCCAAAAGAACUUGGUCAGUUGAUAAAUCUCGAGGAAUUGGAUGUUUCACAGAACAAAUUAUCAGGUGAGAUUCCAAGCACUCUCAGCAAUUGCCUCCGCUUAGAGCGUGUAAAUAUUAGAAAUAAUCUCUUUCAAGGAACAAUUCCUCAAUCCUUUACAAAUUUAAAAGGAUUAGGUGAGGUAGAUUUUUCACAGAAUAACUUGUCAGGGAAAAUACCAGAGUUUCUUGGAAAGCUUCCUUACCUCAGAAAACUCGACUUAUCAUUAAAUGAACUUGAAGGUGAGGUGCCAACUGAAGGGAUCUUUGCAAAUACAAGCGCAAUCUCGAUCAAUGGAAACAGUGAUCUUUGUGGAGGUGUUCCCAAGUUAAAGUUGCCUAAAUGCUCAAAAGCUACCAAGCACCUUGAUUCAAGAGCUCCGGUAGCUAUUAUUGUUCCUGUUAUAUUAACAGUUUUAGUGCUGUGUUCCUGUGCUUCUUAUUACAAGCUCAGAAAAUCAAGAAAAGCGCACGCUUGGGAUGAUGGGGAAUUAUCAAAGAUACCAAGAACUACAUAUCAAGAAAUACAUAGAGCAACCGGUGGCUUCUCUGAGGAUAACUUGGUAGGUGCAGGAAGUUUUGGUUCAGUAUACAAAGCGCAUUUCCGAGGGGACAAUACAAUAAUGGCAGUGAAAGUGUUGAACUUACAACAAAGAGGGGCUUUGAGGAGCUUCCUGGAUGAAUGCAAAGCCUUGAGAAAUAUAAGGCAUCGUAAUCUUCUCAGAAUUAAAACUGCUUGUUCGAGCAUUGAUCAUGAAGGUAAUGACUUCAAAUGCUUAGUUUUUGAGUUCAUGGCUAACGAAAACCUACAUGAUUGGUUGCAUCAAGAAAAUGAUGACCAGCAACAGCAAAGAAAGAAGCUAAGCUUUAUCCAAAGACUAAACAUUGCAAUAGAUGUUGCUUCCGCACUUGACUAUCUCCACAACCAGUGCCAAACACCAAUAGUUCAUUGUGAUCUAAAGCCAAGCAACAUACUCCUCGAUGAAGAUAUGUCUGCCCAUGUUUGUGACUUUGGAUUAGCAACUUUUCUCCUUGACACGUCGAGCAAUUCUUGGAGUCAUGAGAUUUCUGCAGCACUAAAGGGUUCUAUAGGUUACAUCCCAACAGAGUAUGGAUCAGGUGGUCGAGUGUCCACACUUGGAGAUGUUUACAGCUUUGGAAUCGUGUUGCUAGAGUUGCUCAUCUGCAGAAGACCAACUGACACGAUGUUUAACGAGAAUCUAAAUAUUCACAAGUAUGUUUCAGUGGCUUUGCCUGAACAUGUCAUGGAAAUUGUAGACCCUUUAUUGCUCUUGGCAGAAGAAGAAGAACAAAACAUCAAUCAAGAGCAAGCAAGAAGAAUGGAAGAAUGUUUACUCUCGGUUUUUGAAAUAGGGCUCACAUGUUCUGCAACAUCGCCAAGAGAUAGAAUGCCAAUAAAUGAUGUUUUGAACGAACUUCAAGCAAUCAAGAAGUCCUUCCUUUCAAGGAGAUGAUAACAUGAACAAGAUGAUGAGUAGGCGACGGACUAAUAACUGUUUAUCUUCAUGUUUCCUGCAUUAAAUCUUGUUUUGAAUAAGAGAAUGUUUCAGUGUGGUCUGUGGACUAGUAUGCCCAGAAUUAGUUUUAUUUUUCUUGCAGUGGCUAAUCAAAGUGAGCCCCCUUUCUA